UUUUUUUGGUUGGUGGCGGCGGUGCUGGGCCAAAGGAAGGAGGGGACACGGAGGCCGCCCUCGCUCCGCUACCCCUCACCCGUUUCCUUCCCGUCCCGAUUCCGGGAGAUGUGCCGGGCGGGGGGCCCGGGUACGCGGAGCCGCAGGAGAGACUCACAGGGCCCAGCUCAGAGCGGCGCUGGACAGGCUGGUGGGCCAGGCCGUGGUGCCCACCUGGUGAUGCAGGGCAAGGACCCCUGUACAAGCCACUGAGAGCCCUGAAAACACCCCCAGCCAUUGCCAUGGCCCGCUUGGCUGCUGUGCUGUGGAGUCUCUGCAUAACCGCCGUCCUGGUCACCUCGGCCACCCAAGGCCUGAGCCGGGCUGGGCUCCCAUUUGGGCUGAUGCGCCGGGAGCUGGCAUGUGAAGGCUACCCCAUCGAGCUUCGGUGCCCAGGCAGCGAUGUCAUCAUGGUGGAAAAUGCCAACUACGGACGCACGGACGAUAAGAUCUGCGAUGCUGACCCUUUCCAGAUGGAGAAUGUGCAGUGCUACCUGCCUGAUGCCUUCAAGAUCAUGUCGCAGAGGUGUAAUAACCGCACCCAGUGCGUGGUGGUUGCCGGCUCUGACGCCUUUCCUGACCCCUGUCCUGGGACCUACAAGUACCUGGAGGUGCAGUACGACUGUGUCCCCUACAUCUUCGUGUGCCCAGGGACCCUGCAGAAGGUGCUGGAGCCCACCUCGACGCAUGAGUCGGAGCACCAGUCUGGUGCCUGGUGUAAGGAUCCACUGCAGGCUGGCGACCGCAUCUACGUCAUGCCCUGGAUCCCCUACCGCACGGACACGUUGACCGAGUAUGCUUCGUGGGAGGACUACGUGGCGGCACGCCACACCACCACUUACCGCCUGCCCAACCGCGUGGAUGGCACCGGCUUCGUGGUCUACGACGGCGCCGUCUUCUACAACAAGGAGCGCACGCGCAACAUCGUGAAGUACGAUCUGCGCACACGAAUCAAGAGCGGGGAGACGGUCAUCAACACAGCCAACUACCAUGACACCUCGCCCUACCGCUGGGGGGGCAAGACUGACAUCGAUCUGGCCGUGGAUGAGAACGGGCUGUGGGUCAUCUACGCCACUGAGGGCAACAACGGGCGGCUGGUGGUGAGCCAGCUCAACCCCUACACACUGCGUUUCGAGGGCACUUGGGAAACAGGAUACGACAAGCGCUCUGCGUCCAAUGCCUUCAUGGUGUGCGGCGUCCUCUACGUGCUGCGCUCUGUCUAUGUGGACGAUGACAGCGAGGCGGCUGGCAACCGUGUGGACUAUGCCUUCAACACCAAUGCUAACCGGGAGGAGCCGGUCAGCCUGGCCUUCCCCAACCCCUACCAGUUUGUCUCCUCUGUGGACUACAAUCCACGCGACAACCAACUCUACGUCUGGAACAACUACUUCGUGGUGCGCUAUAGCCUGGAGUUUGGACCACCCGACCCAAGUGCUGGCCCAGCCACUUCCCCACCCCUGAGCACGACCACCACAGUCCGGCCCACACCCCUCACCAGCACGGCCUCACCUGCAGCCACCACCCCACUCCGCCGGGCACCCCUCACCACGCACCCGGUGGGUGCCAUCAACCAGCUGGGACCUGACCUGCCUCCAGCCACAGCCCCUGCCCCUAGCACCCGGCGGCCCCCAGCCCCUAAUCUGCACGUGUCUCCAGAGCUCUUCUGUGAACCUCGAGAGGUGCGGCGGGUUCAGUGGCCGGCCACCCAGCAGGGCAUGCUGGUGGAGAGGCCCUGCCCUAAGGGGACGCGAGGAAUUGCCUCCUUCCAGUGUUUACCAGCCCUGGGGCUCUGGAACCCCCGGGGCCCUGACCUCAGCAACUGCACCUCCCCCUGGGUCAACCAGGUGGCCCAGAAGAUCAAGAGCGGGGAGAAUGCAGCCAACAUUGCCAGUGAGCUGGCCCGCCACACCCGGGGCUCCAUUUAUGCGGGAGAUGUGUCUUCCUCUGUGAAGCUGAUGGAACAGCUGCUGGACAUCCUGGAUGCCCAGCUGCAGGCUCUGCGGCCCAUCGAGCGGGAGUCAGCUGGCAAGAACUACAACAAGAUGCACAAACGGGAGAGAACCUGCAAGGACUACAUCAAGGCUGUGGUGGAAACAGUGGACAACCUGCUGCGGCCAGAGGCUCUCGAGUCCUGGAAGGACAUGAAUGCCACAGAGCAGGUGCAUACAGCCACGAUGCUCCUGGACGUCCUAGAGGAGGGCGCCUUCCUGCUGGCCGACAAUGUCAGGGAGCCGGCCCGCUUUUUGGCUGCCAAACAGAAUGUGGUCCUGGAGGUCACGGUUCUGAACACAGAGGGCCAAGUGCAGGAGCUGGUGUUCCCCCAGGAGUACCCAAGCGAAAACUCCAUCCAGCUGUCAGCCAACACCAUCAAGCAGAACAGCCGCAACGGGGUGGUCAAGGUUGUCUUCAUCCUCUACAACAACCUGGGUCUCUUCCUGUCCACUGAGAAUGCCACAGUGAAGUUGGCGGGCGAAACAGGCACGGGUGGCCCAGGGGGCACUUCCCUGGUGGUGAACUCACAGGUCAUCGCAGCCUCCAUCAAUAAGGAGUCCAGCCGUGUCUUUCUCAUGGACCCUGUCAUCUUCACUGUGGCCCACCUGGAGGCCAAGAACCACUUCAAUGCUAACUGCUCCUUUUGGAACUACUCGGAGCGCUCCAUGCUGGGCUACUGGUCGACCCAAGGCUGCCGCCUGGUGGAGUCCAACAAGACCCACACCACAUGUGCCUGCAGCCACCUCACCAACUUUGCCGUGCUCAUGGCUCACCGUGAGAUCUACCAGGGCCGCAUCAAUGAGCUGCUGCUGUCAGUCAUCACCUGGGUAGGCAUCGUGAUCUCCCUGGUUUGCCUGGCCAUCUGCAUCUCCACCUUCUGCUUCCUGAGGGGGCUGCAGACUGACCGUAAUACCAUCCACAAGAACCUGUGCAUCAACCUCUUCCUGGCUGAGCUGCUCUUCCUGGUUGGCAUAGACAAGACUCAGUAUGAGAUUGCCUGCCCCAUCUUCGCCGGCCUGCUGCACUACUUUUUUCUGGCUGCCUUCUCCUGGCUGUGCCUGGAGGGUGUGCACCUUUAUCUGCUGCUGGUGGAGGUGUUUGAGAGCGAGUACUCCCGCACCAAGUAUUACUACCUGGGUGGCUACUGCUUCCCAGCCCUGGUGGUAGGCAUUGCAGCUGCCAUCGACUACCGCAGCUAUGGCACCGAGAAGGCUUGCUGGCUCCGAGUGGAUAAUUAUUUCAUCUGGAGCUUCAUUGGGCCGGUCUCCUUUGUUAUUGUGGUGAACCUGGUGUUCCUCAUGGUGACCCUACACAAGAUGAUCCGGAGCUCGUCUGUGCUCAAGCCCGACUCCAGUCGCCUAGACAACAUUAAAUCCUGGGCCCUGGGGGCCAUCGCGCUGCUCUUCCUGCUGGGCCUCACCUGGGCUUUCGGCCUCCUCUUCAUCAACAAGGAGUCAGUAGUCAUGGCCUAUCUCUUCACCACCUUCAACGCCUUCCAGGGGGUCUUCAUUUUCGUCUUUCACUGCGCCUUGCAGAAGAAGGUGCACAAGGAGUAUAGCAAGUGCUUGCGACACUCCUACUGCUGCAUCCGCUCCCCACCCGGGGGCGCUCACGGCUCACUCAAGACCUCAGCCAUGCGGAGCAACACCCGCUACUACACAGGGACCCAGAGCCGAAUCCGGAGGAUGUGGAAUGAUACUGUGAGGAAACAGACAGAAUCCUCCUUCAUGGCGGGGGAUAUCAACAGCACCCCCACCCUGAACCGAGGUACCAUGGGGAACCACCUCCUGACCAAUCCUGUGCUGCAGCCCCGUGGGGGCACUAGCCCCUACAACACCCUCAUCGCUGAGUCAGUGGGCUUCAAUCCCUCCUCACCUCCUGUCUUCAACUCCCCAGGGAGCUACCGGGAACCCAAGCACCCCUUGGGAGGCCGAGAAGCCUGCGGCAUGGACACGCUGCCCCUCAACGGCAACUUCAAUAACAGUUACUCUUUGCGAAGUGGGGAUUUCCCUCCAGGGGACGGGGCACCCGAGCCACCCCGAAGCCGGAACCUGGCAGAUGCUGCUGCCUUUGAGAAGAUGAUCAUCUCGGAGCUGGUGCACAAUAACCUUCGGGGCAGCAGCAGCGGGGCCAAGGGCCCACCACCGCCUGAGCCCCCUGUACCACCUGUGCCGGGGGGUGGCAGUGAGGAAGAGGCUGGUGGGCCCGGGAGUGCUGACCGGGCGGAGAUUGAACUUCUUUACAAGGCCCUGGAGGAGCCACUGCUGCUGCCCCGGGCCCAGUCGGUGCUGUACCAGAGCGAUCUGGACGAGUCAGAGAGCUGCACAGCAGAGGACGGGGCCACCAGCCGGCCCCUGUCCUCCCCUCCAGGCCGGGACUCCCUCUAUGCCAGUGGGGCCAACCUUCGGGACUCACCCUCCUACCCGGACAGCAGCCCUGAGGGGCCCAGUGAGGCUCUGCCCCCACCCCCACCCCCACCCGCACCCCCUGUCCCUCCUGAAAUCUACUACACCUCGCGCCCACCAGCCUUGGUGGCCCGAAACCCCCUACAAGGCUACUACCAGGUGCGGCGGCCCAGCCAUGAAGGCUAUUUGGCAGCCCCAGGCCUCGAGGGGCCAGGGCCUGAUGGGGAUGGGCAGAUGCAGCUGGUUACCAGCCUCUGAGGGACCGCAUGGACCAGGGGCUGGUGGCCUAGGCCAGGGAGGGAACCCUGGGCAGGGCUUUGGUGGGAGAGGGAGACUGAAGGAGGCAGUGGCUAGUGGGCCACUCUCCAGGCAUCCAUUGUCCAAGGGCCCUCUAGGCCUCUUGGGGGUUCUGCUGUGGGGACCCAAGGUGCAGGGUUCACAGACAGUGUUUCCCACCAGCCACACGGCACCAGCUUAAUUUGGGGGAAGUGCCAUGAGAAGGAGCCAAGAGGUCCCCAGGGGAGUAAGGAAGGAGAAACUGGAAGGGUGCAUCCUACUCUUGACUGUCCCCUCUCCCCUACUCUUCCUGCCUGCUGUAGCGAAAUGAGGGCUUGGUGUCCCUGGACCAAAGGCCCUGCUGGAUGGAACCUAUCGGUUGCUCCUCUUUCUGUAGCCAGAAAUGCUGGGCUGCACUGGGAGGGAGCAGUGGGGGCAGGAGGACAGAUGGACAGGUUCCUCCUGCUCUACAGCUCCCUGCUCCAUGGAGACUGGGGCCUCUAGCCCAGGAGAUAAGCUCCUCGGUGAGAGGAACAGGCACUUGUGGCUGGUGGUUUAAAGGUUGAAUUUUUCUCUGAAGCUCCUUCCCUCUGCUCUUAGUCCCUGCCUCCCCAGCAGACCUAUCCCCUCAGCCAUCCUCAAGUGCACCCAAUGACCCCCUCCCUUAGGGUGACUCCUGAUGAAGCACAACUCCCUGAAGGGCCCCCGGCCCACAGGGGUGGCCAUAUUUGGGCAGUUCUAGUCCUGUGGGCCUGGCUAUCUGGGGAACAGAUUUUGGGUCUGGAUCUCCCUGGGGAGUGGGUCCUGGGCUUGGAUCUCCCCCUAGGGGGCCCUUUUUCCCUUGCUCUUUCCUCUCCUAUUGCUGUAAAUAUUUCAAAGAAAUGGAAAAGACAAAAAAAAAAAAAAAAAGAAAGAAAAUCUCAUCACUUGAAGCCACUGGGAGCCUGUGGCCCAGCCAGCCCGGGCUUUCUCUGGAGCAGAGCAGUGCCACUGGGCCCUGGCAGCCAGGACUUCCCGUGUAUGUGUGCAUCCCCAGCCAGGUGGGUGGCCCCCAGAGCAGCUUUUUACAAUCCAGAGACAAAAAAUCUAGAAGCAACAGCAAAACAAAGAACCUGUUUCCUUCCUGGCACCCUUUUCUGUCACCACUUCCCCUGUUCCACCUGACCCUGGCAUCAGUCAGCCCUUCUGGGGUGUGUACCUCACUGCCUGCCCCAGGACUGGGGACCUGUCUCCCACUUCCCUCCCCUCUGGCCCAGGGGAGACACCCCUCACACCCAAAGAUGCUUUCGCCAAGAUGGCUGUGCUGUUCCUUUGAGUUCCUGCCUCUUGUAUAUUGCUUCUGGAACUUGGCUGGGGAUGAGGGGAGUCCUUCCUGCCUAGAGAGGUUGAUAAGGGAAGGAAGAGGACAGCAGCGAUUCAUGUGACUGAGGAGGGAGGGCUGGGAAUAGUGAGGUGGUGUUCUUUUGGGGGUGGGGGUGGUGCGGGACGCAAAAGGUGAGAGAUCACCUUCCCUACCCUACAUCCUCCUGCAGGGGAGGCAAAGUCAGGUACCAGGGCCUCAAGUCAGGACACCCGUUCUGGGGGCUCACCCCCGAACCUGAAAACCCUAAAAGCGUCAGGCUUGGAAUGUCUCCCGAGUACCUCUUCUGGUCCCCUCUCUAGCUUGUCACCCUGGUCCUCCCAGAACCCCCCUCCCCAACUCUGGGGGUAGCAUAGCCCAGUACCACACUAAUCUAGCCCCAUAAUUGCCAUUUCCCCUGGGGUGGCCCUCCACCUCGACUCUGACCCCUCCUUGUAUCUUUUGCCCCUUCCUCUUUUCUCACAAGUGCCAUGAGUUUUCAAACAUCUUUGGGUCUCAGCCUGCUGCUACCAUGAACUUCUUUGGGUUAAGGGGGAGGAGCUCUAGGAAGGAACUAGGGAAAACAGACAGGUGGCUGGAGGGGCCCUUUUUGCUGCUAGAAGGCCCCUCCCUUCUGGGGAGCUGGGGCUGGCUUGUCCCCAUCAGGGGAGAAGGGGUCAGACCAAAGAUGGUGAUUUGUCCUGUGUAUGGGGACAUGUGUGGGGAGAAGGCAGUGUUGGGUCCCAUCUCUGGCUUUUUCUAGCAGGGAAGUUUAACCCCCUUUACCAGAAGACCAUGAGUGAGUCUGGACCCAGAGAAGAAGUAAGGGUGGCCAGGUGGCUCUGUGAGGAGGGUAGGAGCCAGCUCCAGGGCCUGCCUUGGCUUUGGGUGGCCAGGAGCUCUACUGUGGGAGGGGCAGCUACAGCCUGUGAAGAGCUGGCAGGAGACUAGGGUAGAUGGAGGAGUUGGCCUGGCCCACACAUCAGCCCAGCUAGAGCCAGAGGUUGCCUCUGACACCAGCAAGAGGGCUGGAAGAGCAGGGCAGGAGAGUUUCCAGGGGAACUGGAGGCAUGCAAGGAGUCCCUCAUCCUCCCCUGUUCAGCCCUCCUUUUAUCUCUAGACACCGACAAUCAAGGGGAGAGAGAGGGUGCAGUGGGUCCCUUGGUUCCCAUUCCAGCCAGAAUCACCAGGGUGAAUUCCUAGGCCUCAGAGCUGUGUGGCAGGGCUGAAUGCCACUGCAGUCCAGUACAAAGCCACUACCGAGAGCCCAGGUGUCCAUCCCCCUACCCCAACCAGACCUGGUGCCUUGACGCCCCCACCCCAGCUGGGACGGUAUAGAGAAGGAAGGGUCUUGGUUUCCUCUCCUGUUCCCUUCCUUGGGCUCCUGAAUUCAUUUGCUCCUCAAUCUGGUUAAUUAUUUUUCUCUGGGUUUGUUGUUUUUUUUUCUUUUUGGUUUCCCUUGCCUUCCUUUCUCUCUGUGUCUCCACCUCUUUCCCUGUUUUUUCCUUGCUGUUUCUGUGUUCCUCUUCUCUCAACCUCAAUUUAUCUGUCCAUUCGGGCCUCCCUCCCUCCAUGCCCCCAGUCCCUCCUUGGUCUCCUUUUCGAUAUGCCAAACCAAUUUUGGGUCGAGUGCAUUUAACGAGAACAAAACAAAAGGCUCAUAACAACAAGAACGUUUCAGAAAAAAAAGUUUAAAAAAUUGUUGAGUCAAAAAAAAAAACAAUAAAGAAAUUAAGAUUUCUUGGAA